AAUUGUGUCCACCACAUCAUGAGGCCUCAAGUUAUGACGCAUUUGAUCAAGGUGGCAGCAUUCGGGUGCCUUGCUUCCAUUUCUGCACCCAUUGUCCAUAGGGACAGUCUGGCUUCCACUGAAAACACUCAAACAGACAUUCAUGGCAAACAUACUCAUGACUUUAUAGGAUUUUACUCAACACAAGUUAUCAACAAAGCUGCUUGUCCUACUCUGAGGAAAAAAGAAGAAACAGCAGCUGAAGUCUAAGAUAAAUUACUUCUGUCUGACAACAGAGUAAACUUGACAAUGGCAGCAAAGAUGGAAACCCUCGAUCCUGCCGCUUUAAAAUCUGUCACUUCUACAGUGACCUAUGACGCUAAAUCUGAGACUGUGACCUUACCAGGAGGGUUUGUCUCAGUUGCAGGCAUCACCGUGGUAACCGGUGGUGUUGAACUUUCCUGUGGAUCUUGCAUUCUGGCUUUUGGGUUUUGGGGAACCCUUAUCGGCCUCAGUUGUGGAGCUGUGGGACUGUGGGAUCAACUGAACCACUUUAAAGAAAGAAUCUCUUACUUACUGGGACUGGGGCUCGUGAUUCUAGCCAUCAGUGUAGGGAUGGUGGGAAGUGUGGUGGCAUUUUACCUCCUGACGAAGAAGAAGAGAGAGAUGACACGUAAACAAAGAGAGGAAGGAAAAGAAGUUCUUGUAGGAGACAAUGGAGGAUCGAUUAAAAAAGUCACAGUAUAAAAAUAUGUAAAUAUGUGAACCAUACUUGAUGCAAAAAUAAAAAUAAAAAAAAUGUCCAAAGAUCUGAAUAAACUGUACGGUAAAGUUCACAAAUAUUGGAUGUUUUGUACAGGAAAUACAAUUACUCUUUUAAGAUAAGAUAAGAUAAGAAAUCCUUUAUUUCUCCCACAAUGGGGAAAUUCCAGUGUUGCAACACUCAUUAUAGGACAGUGCAGAAAAAGUUCACACAGAAGGUUUUAAAAAAUAAAUAAAGAUGUGCAUGCAUUAAAAAAAUAUGUACAAUAUGGAUACACUUGACUUUGCUGUAUACUGUAUACCUCCUCCUCUAGCAUAAUUUUUUAUUCUAAAUAAUGUAUGAAUAUUUGAACGAAUCAAACUGAGCACCGUAUAAUUUAUGAGUUUUGUGUGUGUAUGAGGUAAAAGACAAUGAAUAGAUCUAAUACGUGGAAAAAAGAAGAGGAAGUAAGAGGACUGUUAAAAGGUUUAUUGAGCCAAUAAACCAAAUGUGUCAUCAUUUACCCCUAAAUCUAUGGAUGCUGACAUUUUUAAUUAACCUGCUUUUAUGUGAUGUUGUCUUUUAUUACUUUUGUUUAGCUUUUAUUUAUGAGAUGUCUUGAUAUUGUCUUAACUGCAUUUAUUGUUUUUAAUACCAUUACUUUUAUUUGUAUUUAUUGACAUGACAUUUUGUGUUUUAUAUCUUUGCAUAUAUUGUCUUCUUUUUUCAACCUUGUCACAACUGUUCUUCAUAUUUGUCUAGUUUUAACUUGGCUGUACUAUUGUUGCAAUGCCUUCUGAGCAUUGAAGCACUUUGUAAUUGCAAACAUACCAAAUGUUAUGCAACUGUUGCAAAGUGGUGGCUAAUAGCAACACUGUGUAAAAUUGUAUUCAUCUACUGAGGGCAAAAAAACCUCUGCAUGCCACUUGAUUCCGAGGUCAACUAGACCAGGACUGUAUUAAUGCUGUUCUUUUGUUGAACUGAUCCUUUAAUGUGUAGACAUAAAUGAGAGGAGACAGAGAGGAAAAUGUGUCAGCACCUCCAUCUAUUGGAGAGAAAGCGAAUUACUUAGUCUACAGUCGUUACUCUGAUUUAUUGAAAUAAAUAACCUACUGUAAAUACUGUGGAUUGUAAAUACUGUCUCCCACUGUGUGCAACAUAUGGACAUCAGCUUCCACUUGUGGCUCAGUCUGUUUUUAUACAAUCCAAUAUUUAAUCAUUUAUAGAGAAUUCUGAAUGAAUAUAUUUUCAGCUAAAAUAAUAAAAACACAGCUCUGUCAUUAAGCUUGCUGUUGAUUUAACAUCACUGCUGAUAAACUCAUCCUGUAUUGGCGUUUACAUACAAAUACUGUUGGUUUUCUCACACAACCUUUACUCACUUGGGGUCACAUGCCUGUUCUCAGGUAUGUGAGGUAUUUCGACAGGUAUCAGAUUUGUAGGAUCACCUGACAACCCGCUUCAACCUCCGUGAUCACGUGUCACUGCUCAAGUUUCAGGAAACUUUUUUUCUUCCUCCUGAAAACAAAACUUCUCAUUUCCCGCCUUCUUUUUCCGCUCAUUGGCCAAACAUAACAGUCUCUGCCUUGUGAUUGGUUAAAGUAGGACUCGUCUGUAAACGUCAGACUUAAACCACACCCCCUUCUUUAAACUCGUUUAUGUGUAAUUGAUAUCUUCCCCGAAGGAAAAACCUCCGAAAUUUGUCAAUUUGGGACAGUCGUGUAAACGUUUCAUGGACCCAGAGGUGAAGGAUGGAUCCUAAAACACCACCCGGUGUCAGAUAAUGUCUCGACAAAAUACCACUGAGUGGAGACUGGGGAUGCAGUUUUGUAAAUAAAGUGGAAGAUGGGAGGUGCUGGUGGUGGCAAAUAUGUUAGAAAGCUAGAAAAACUAGUUGUAUUAGCUGUUUAGGAAGUGCAUUUAAGAGUGUAACUUUUUGGCUCCGUGGACAACAUCUACAAUUAUUUAUUCUUAAGGUAAAGUGAAACUUCCAACAGCAAAUACAUAGUUAAAAAUAACUGGAUGAUGGAGUGCAAUGAGAGAGUUCUGUGUGGGAGCGGGGAGGUGGAGCUGGACCCCAACAUCGUCAGUGAAGAGGCUGGAAAGCUGUAUUCAGAGCUACAGACUGUUAUCGAGACACAUGGUGAAGGUGUUGUGGAGUCACUGGUACCCAUAUUUGUGUGGGUCCUGGAGGGGCUAGCCAGCUGCAAAGCCCAGCUUAGAGCCCGGGAAGAGGAAGCUGAGAGGGAGAAAGCUGAAAAAGAAGAUCUUCUGGAGAGAUACCAAGCAGAAAAAACACUUCGGAAAGACAGCCAAGAGAGGUAUCUGGAGCUAGAUGACCAAAUUGAACAGGAGAGGAGAGCUAUGAGGGGGAGGGAGAAGGAGCGAGAACGGCGGGAGAGACAGUUGGAGAAAAAAGCGAGACAGCAAGCUGAUCAGUUGGUGGCCUUGGAUGAGCAGAAGGCAAAUCUGAGUAGAGAACUGGGCACACUGAGGCACACUCAUAACAAGCUGAUGCACACAUAUCGGGAGCUGCUGGAAAAGAGAAAAGAGUCUGAAAGAGACUCUCCUUUAAGGAAUCAUGUGCGUCCCAAGAAUGCUGAAUAUUUAUCCAAUCAAGUCCCAUCCGAAUCCAGUUUGAGUGACAAGCAGGUGAUUCAAAGGUCACAUUCACACUCUGGUCCCCCCUGUUUGGAAGUUUUAGUAGCUAAAGAAGAGAAAGCAAUUGAUGCUGCAAUAAAGCCUAAUGGAGAGCAGUUCAUCAAUGACAUUAUCAGCUCCACGCCUGAGCUGGCACAGUUUCAUGGUCCUGUGGGUGCCAGUUCCCCAGUGCUGCUUGUAGGACAACCUGACGAGUCUGAGACCAGCCUAGAGGAUGAAAUGAAGGAAGCGGAGGAAAAAGAAGGAGAGAAUGAGGAGAAUUUAUGUGUGGAGCAGCAAGUUGGAGAAAUGCAGGAAAAGAAUGAGGAAAAUGUAGAGGAUGCUGAGGAAGAUGACAGCCUGGAGUGGGAGCUACGCAACACUGAUUCUGUAUUUUCCGAACUCUCAGAGCUGAGUCGGGAUUAUGUGGAAAGUGUCGACCAAGGGGCCAGUGUAAGAGGCACUACUGACCAGUUUGAGGAGAUUCUUUCUCAGUAUGAGGAACUGAAAGUCACCCAUGAGCUUGUAGAUGCAGCUCGAAAGGCUUUGAUAUCUCGGGUUGUGGAGCUGACUGAUGACCGGUCAGCUCUGAAACUGGAAGUAACUUUACUUCAGGAAACAGCUUUGCGUUUAGAGAGCCGAAUGAAAGAAAAAGAAGAGGAAACUAAGAGACUACGGAAAGAACUGGAAGCAUGUCAGUCACAGGAUCCUGACGCCUCUCUACCCACAUCCAUGCGUCAUUUCUCUCGUUCUGAAAUGGCUCGCGUGGUCAUGGAGAAGAACCAAUACAAGCAACGUCUGUUUGAGCUGCAGGAGGCAGUGAGGCACAGUCAGACUCUCAGAGCAUCUAAGGGAGAGAGGUUGACAGGAGACAAAAGGUCAAGUGUUUGGAAAAAGUUCAACCGCUUAUUUGGCUUGUCCAAGGAAUCUUUAAAUCCACCUUCUGCUCAUGCAUUUGCCCUGCCAAACUCUCCAUCUCUCAAUCGUGCUCCUGUGGCAUCUCCACAAGUACCGGCUGUUAGUCAGACCCAGGCAGAAUCUGCUUCUUCUUCUGCUCUCUCACCACGUGUCAGACGGAGGGAGCAUUACAGAGAAAUUCGUUCGUACAUUUGGGGAAAUCUGGGAAAACGGCAGAUACACGGGUGGAGCCUACCACUGGCAAACACACAGGAAUCACAUGAACCUGUCCCAGAGCCUAAAGAUGUGCCUGUUUUAGUACAGCUCAGACUGUUGGAUCAAAGAGACUCCACCGCUAAGCUGAAUUGUGCUGUUGCAGUCCCACCUGAGAUCUCUGGGGAGGCCACAUGUUCUGUGUGGGUAGUUUCUGGCCCUGCCUCCAGCAGUGAUAUUACAGUGAUUGAUCCAGCUCGGUCCAACACAGUAUUGGAUCAGUUCACCCUACCUCCCACAUCUCCUGCCCUCUGCAUCUGUGCUGUACCUCCCAUAGGUGAUACCUUGGGAACAGUGUGGAUUGGAACUCAGGAAGGAAGUAUACUGAUACAUUCAGCCUCUGCUGGCAGGAGGCGUUGUCUGCAGUCGAUCUCCCUCACUGAAGGUGUUCAUUCACUCACGUACUCACAGAGUCAAGUCAUAGCUGGUUUAGCUGAUGGCACCUUAGCAUUUUUCUCACACAGUUCAGAUGGCUGGAAUCUGCAGUUGCAUACAGUGAUGCCCCUUGGGUCAAACCCUUUGCAGCCCAUUCGCUGUUGUCUUGCAAAAGGUGGUCGCAUGUGGGUGGGAUAUUGGAACAAAAUCCAUGUGGUUGACAUUGAAAGCAAAAAGGUUGAGCAAACCUUCUCAGUUUCUGAGCGCAGUGAGCAGCAGGUGCGUUUCCUGUGUGCUGGAGGUAGUGGUGUUUGGACAUCCUGUAGGCUUGACCCAAUCCUCAGGUUGUUUGACUGGUCAUCAGGGCGACCCUUACAGGAAGUUGAUUUCAGUGCUUUGGCAUCCAAAACAUUAGGUCAAGCCUUCCUGACACUGUCACCUCUGCAGAUCUCCUCUCUCACUGUCAUCUCUGGCCGUCUUUGGGUGGGCACAGGAGGCGGGGCAAUCCUCGCCAUACCAUUGUCGAUAACAUCAGAAGCAGUUUCCAUUCCAUACUGCUCUAUGGCAUCAGCUCAGCUGUGUUAUCAUGGACAUAGACAAGCUGUCAGAUUUAUCAUUGCUGCACCUGGUUGCUUGAUCACUUCUCCUGGCAGCAGCACUGUCACUACCUCACAGCUUAUCCUCAGUGGUGGAGAAGGUUACAUCAACUUCAGAAUUGGUGAUGAUGCCAGUGACGAGUCGGUUGAGUUGUCCCAAGCCACACCUCAGCGGUCUGAACGCAGUCACAUGAUCAUCUGGCAGAACCCCACCCCCGCUGUGCCCAGCCCUUCUCUGUGAUGUCUGUUUGGGAAAAGAUGCAGCAGACAUAGACUUUACACCAGCAAAACUGGAGUGGUGCUGUCGUUGACUUUAGCCACUUAGCAAUGUGGCAGCAGUAAAAGAAUCCUCUAAGAUACAGUAAAUAUGAUAAAUGAUCAUUCAUCCUUGUUUACCUCAUUCUUUUUGUGCACUUACCUUUUGACUGGGUUAACCUAUUAGAUCAUGAUGCCUUUCUGUGUGUCUUCAGCUGCUCCUUGUGGAAUUGGUCAGUAUUUAUCUGUACAGACUGCGUUCAUGUUUUUGUCCUUCUCAGUUCUUUGUGGCAGUGUAUUAUCCAUGUUACUGUUGCAUUCAGAUUCUCUGCCAAACACCUGUUGAUAUAUGUUUUGUUUUUCUUAAAACUGCUCUUGAGGACACCGUGUACACAAUAUGUUGUGAACUGGAAGCCGAUGGUCUCUCAACGUUAAGACAAUCAGCAAUUUAUCAUCAUUCACAAACUGUAUUGAGAUUGAGGAUAACCUUUUGUGAUUGUGAUUUGUGUUGUGUUAAAUCACAUAACCUUUCCACACUGCACAUGUUGAUACAACAAAUAACUGCACUAACAGACACACUGAAAGUGUCUGUAGAGAUGAGUGUGAUAAAUGUUUCCUAUCCCUUAGAAACUAUUUUUCUUGAUCAGGUUUUGAUGCCUUUCUUUGAUGUGUAUGUUUGUGUCUUAAUUUCUUUUAUGUUUCAGUUUGGUUCAAUAUGUAAAAUAAGGGAGAGGAAUUCUUUCAAGUGUUCUAUGCAGUAUUUAUAUUUAAUAUGAAAUUCUAAUUUUGGGCACAUGUUGAUAAACAAACAAUCCCCAUCCUGUCACUCUUCUUGCAAAGAAGAUGUAAAGUAUUGGCUCUUAGUCAACCUAAUGCAAUCAUUAUUGUCAUUAAAAUGUCUUAAAUG